AUGACAAAUCAGUCUGACGAAAAUAAAGGUGUUGCUAAUAUAAAAUCAGAGUUUGUAGUAAGGAAUAAUGACAUUGAAGAAAUUCCAGCCAAAAAGCCGAAAUUAGAAGAGACGAAAAAAAAAACAAAAGGACAGUUUAAAAAUCGUUAUAAUCAGAAUAAGUUACAAUUUAACAAAAGUGAAUCUCUCUGCGGAUGUUUAAAAGAUGUUGCUGAAGAUUUACAGUUUCCUGACUGCACGGUUAGUAAAUGCAAAUUUUUACACGAUGUUAAAAAAUAUCUGGAAAUAAAACCUCCCGAUAUUGGAGAUGAAUGUUAUGUAUUUUCUACAAAAGGAUAUUGUCCUAGAGGUGUCACGUGUAGAUUUGGGAAAAAUCACAUUACGGAGGAUGGAAAAAAUAAAAAAAAUAUCGAAAUUAUGGAAAAUUAUGGAAAAAAUGGUCUUAAAUCUUUAGAUAUUCUUAACAAAUUACCAAAUUUUAAAAAUUUAAACACAUUUGGAUUAUCAAAUGAAGAAACAAAUAUCGAGAAUGAUGAAAAAUUUAUUGAAAAACCUUUAGGCCCUUGUUCUGAUGAUGAUCUAUGUAAAUUAAAACCAAGUGAGAAAAAAAAAAUUAAUUGGAAGGAAAAAUUGUACUUAUCGCCUUUAACAACCUUAGGUAAUUUACCUUUUCGAAGAAUUUGUAAAGAAUUUGGUGCAGAUAUAACAUGCAGUGAAAUGGCAAUGGCCACUUCUCUUUUACAAGGUUUAAAAUAUGAAUGGGCAUUAAUUAAAAGACAUGAAUCAGAAGAUUUAUUCGGGAUUCAAUUGUGUGGAAAUAAUCCAUUUGUUAUGACAAAAUGUGCUCAAUUAUUGGAAGAAUCAACAAAUGUUGAUUACAUUGAUAUUAAUUUAGGUUGUCCAAUUGAUUUAGUUUAUCAAAAAGGAGGAGGCAGCGGAUUAUUAAGACGAGAAAAAGUUCUUGAAUCUGUUAUAAAAAGUAUGUCAAAAGUCAUGAGUUUGCCAUUAACUGUAAAAACUAGAACCGGUGUUUAUGCUGAUAAAAAUGUAGCUCAUAGACUUAUACCAAUGUUUGUCGAUUCUGGAGUAUCGUUGAUUACAGUUCAUGGUCGCUCCAGAGAACAAAGAUACACAAGAACAGCUGAUUGGAAUUACAUUAAUGAAUGUGGUAAAGCUGCUUCACCGAUACCAGUUUUUGGUAAUGGUGAUGUUCUUUCAUUCGAAGACUAUAAUAGAGCUUUAAAAGAAAAUAAUAAUGUAUCAGGUGUCAUGGUAGGAAGGGGAGCCUUAUACAAACCUUGGAUUUUUAAAGAAAUAAAAGAGCAAAAAAAUUGGGAUAUAUCAUCAUCUGAAAGAUUUGAUAUAAUUAAAAAAUUUGUUAAUUAUGGUUUGGAUCAUUGGGGAAGUGACACAAUGGGAGUUGAAUUGACUAGAAAAUUUACAUUAGAAUGGCUAUCGUUUUUGUAUAGAUAUAUCCCCGUUGGAUUAUUGGAAAGACCGCCUCAAAAAAUAAAUGAAAGACCUCCUAAAUAUUUUGGUAGAAAUGAUUUAGAAACAUUAAUGGCAAGUCCAAAUUGUGCAGAUUGGGUUAAAAUAACAGAAAUGUUAUUAGGCCCCGUUCCGGAUGAUUUUCAUUUCUUACCCAAACACAAAGCAAAUGCAUGGGCUUCUUAA